AUGUUGAGAAUCGGAUGGAAGUCGCUCAAGACUUUGCAGCUUGUGAGAACGGUUGCCAGCAAUGGCAGCUCCAAUUCCUUAAAACACAUACCUUCACCUAAGGAACUUAGACAGUUUUUGGACAACUACGUGGUGGGACAAGACGUUGGCAAAAGAGUGAUGAGUGUAGCGGUGUAUAACCACUACUUGAGGGUGAGUGACAAGCAGAAGCGAUUGGAGGCCAAGAUACAGAGCGAAUUGCUGGAGAAACAGCGUCAAAUUGAUGAUAAAGACGAACCAAUCUACUCCGGUAGCUUAGAAGCCAAAUCUGGAUACCAACACUUGCGUCAGCGACUUUCACAAGAUAUGGGCCAGGAAGAUGAAGAUUUGGAGCUUUCCAAGAGUAAUGUGUUGAUAGUGGGACCAUCGGGCUCUGGUAAGACCCUUUUGGCAACCACAUUGGCUAGGGUACUCGACGUACCAAUAGCGAUUACAGACUGUACCCAAUUGACGCAGGCAGGCUACAUUGGCGAAGACGUGGAGGUGUGCAUCACACGGCUUUUGGUCGGUGCUGACUACGACGUGGCUAAAGCAGAACGAGGUAUCAUUGUGUUGGAUGAAGUAGACAAAUUGGCAAAACCUGCAGCUAGCAUUGGAACGAAGGAUGUGUCAGGCGAAGGCGUUCAACAGUCGCUCUUGAAGAUGCUUGAAGGUCGUUCUGUCGAAGUUGUGGCCAAAAGACCCAUCAACAAGAAAGAAGACGCUAAAAACAAUCAGAUCAAUGCCAAAAAGGAAGAAACCUUCGUUGUCGACACUUCAAACAUUCUCUUCAUAUUGAUGGGUGCUUUUGUGGGCUUGGAUAAACACAUCGUCAAGAGGAUCAACAGUUCCAAGUCUACUACUUCGCCAACGAAUGAGUCAGAGACUAAAAAAGAUGAAGCAAAACGGUUAAGAUUCAGUAGCACUAUAGAAAAGGUUGAGCUUCCCAAUGGUAAGAAAACCUCUGCUUUGAAUCUCGCCACUCCCACAGACUUGGUGAGUUACGGACUCAUCCCAGAACUUAUAGGAAGAGUUCCAAUAAUAACGGCGUUGGAGCCGCUAGAAAGAUCAGAUCUGUACCAUAUCCUUCGGGAGUGCAAGAAUGCCUUGAUGCAGCAGUACGAAUACAUUUUCAAGCAGUUUGGGGUUCACCUAUGUGUCACCGAAAAAGCCCUUAUGAGAGUUGCUAGCCUUGCUCAAGACGAAGGCACUGGUGCCAGAGGCUUGAGAGGCAUUAUGGAGCGAUUGUUACUCAACAUAAACUACGAAUGCCCAGGUUCUGGCAUUUCUUUCGUUCUGGUGAACGAACAUGUUGUCAAAAUGUUGAAACAGUCUGAGCAUUCCUUGGCGACCAAUGUCGCAGCCAAGUACUAUUCCAGAGGAGAACGGGAUCAAUUCAUCGAGGACGUGCACAAAGAGGACCCCAAGAAGGGACAAAUCUUGGAUAGAAUCUAUGGACGAGUGGGUACCCGGGUACUGCAGGGCAAGAAAAGACACGAAUGA